AUGGAGCUACUCGCCGCGCUGCUUCUCCUGCAGGUUACUGCUGCCAACAGUUUUUCUCAUGAAAAUAAAAAUUUCAGUUUAACACAAGCGAUCCGAAAGAGGAGUAUUCAGUGGGUAGAUUCUUAUCCAUUAGACAGUCUACGUCCUCUAUGGCGCACGAAAAGAACCUGGGUUAUCACCACCAUUCAUAUUCAAGAGGAGGACAAAGGACCAUUCCCAAAAUAUGCUGGACAGCUGUUCAAUAAAAAAUCAUUUAAUACAUCAGUAAGAUAUUUAAUCAGUGGACCUGGGGUAGAUGAAUCGCCAGAGAUUGGAUUAUUUUCUAUAGAAGAUGAUGUAAAUGGACAUGUGUAUGUACAUCGUACCAUUGACAGAGAAAAGACCCCAACUUUUCAGAUACGUUUUGAUAUUGUGUACAGAAAAACUGGUCAACCAUUGGACCACCAUUUAUUUUUCAAGGUAAAGGUUAAAGAUAUUAAUGACAACGCACCUGAGUUUCCCAGGGAGGCAUAUAGCGUUACAAUAAGAGAGAACCACAGUAAAGAUGAGCCAGUUUUCCAAGUUACUGCCUUGGACAAAGAUGAAGAGGGCAGUGCGAAUUCUCAGGUGUCCUAUUCUCUAAGUAUGCAAAUGCCUCUUCUGGAUGGAUUCACAUUUAAUAUUGAUCCUACCACAGGAUCAAUACUUCUGUCAGGAUGCCUGGAUUAUAAGACUGCCAACUCUUUCAAACUUCUGAUUAAAGCCAGUGACCAUGGAACUCCCCAGCUGUCAUCUACUGCAACAGUGAAUGUAGCUAUUGAAGAUGCCAACAACCACCUCCCUGUAUUUACUAGUGAUAAUUACCAGCUGCAGAUUUCAGCAGGUCAAGAACAUCCAGCUGUAUUACGGAUCCAAGUGGAAGAUAAAGACUCUCCCAACACUCCAGCUUGGAGAGCAAAAUUCAGAGUAACAAAAGGCAAUGAGAAGGAACAGUUCACCAUUGAGACGGAUCCAGUCACAAAUGAAGGCAUUUUGAGUAUUAUUGAGCCUCUCAACUAUGAAAAUGACUCUGAGAUAAGACUUGUCAUUUCUGUAGCAAAUGAAGAACCCUUCUUCUUCUGUAAAAAUGGCAGUGUGACGAUCUCAAGCCUAGAAUCCACAAAUACAACUGUGAACAUCAAGGUCUUCCAGCCACAACAUGCUCCUAGGUUUCAUCCUCCUAUACUUAUUGUCCAAAUAGGAGAUUCAAUGAAGCCUGGGAGAGUAUUUAGAAGGUAUCCUGCCACAUAUCCAGAUGAUGCGCCAAAUAAGAUAAAAUAUGAACUAGCCCAUGACCCAGAUGGUUGGCUGAGUGUGGAUGAAAAUUCUGGAGUUCUUACUGUGGCAAAAGAAUUUGAUCAAGAAUCUCCUUAUGUGAACAACAGCCUGUACACCAUCAUUGUUCAUGCUAUUGACCAUGGUACUCCACCACAGACUGGUACUGGCACCAUCCUGCUUUACUUGUCUGACAUUAAUGAUCAUAUGCCAACAUUAGUGGCUCCUUCUUUAGAUGUGUGUGACAAAAAAGAAGGGAUGCCUCUCAUUAUAAAAGCUAAGUCUGCUCUGUUCCAUUCACAUUCUGGGCCAUUUACAUUUGAGCUGGCCGAGGACUCUGAAGAUGUGAAAAAUAACUGGAAAUUAGGAAGGAACUUUGGGGAGUCAGUUGAACUUUUAAUGUUAAGAAGCCUCCCACAAGGUAGCUACUUGGUACCUGUCAUUAUUCAGGACAGGCAAGGAUUUUCUACAAGGCAGAAUCAGCAUGUUCGGCUCUGCUUUUGCCCAGAUGGACAUACAUGUGAAGAUUCGCCACUUCCACAGGCAGCAGUGGGAUUUGGAAGUGGUGCCAUUGCAAUAAUACUGACAGCUUUCUUAUUGUUACUGGUUUCCAGUAUUCUACUUUGCUGUUUUUAUGUGCUGAGAUCUAAAAGCAAAGCCAUUGUUCUACCCCAAGAAGGUGAUCAAACUUUAAUCAACUACAAUGAAGAGAGCAGAAUGUCUUCAUCUCAAGCUAAGCUGGAUACUACAGAUCAUGCUGUUCUACCACUUGUGUCUGUGGAGGCUAGAAAAGAAGUGAUUGCUGAGGAUGGCCUGUACAAUAGUUACAAGACAUUCCAAGUAAGUCAACUUGAUGGCAUCAUACCGAUAGUGGACAAAAUACUGGGUCAGAAACUGUAUUACCACAACACACUGGAAGAUUACGGGGCCAUGUAUGAACCUUGCAGAUACACUGAGGAAGGAGAACUAGAGCUAAGUAACUCCUUGUGCUCUGUCGCCAGUGGCAGUGAGGACUUGCCUGUUGAUUUUUUGAACGCUCUGGGACCAAACUUUUCUGCUCUUGAAGAAAUCUGUCAGAAGCGAUUUCCAUCAUUCGACUAAUUUCAGAAAGCUGUGAUUACUUUAUGGUGUUGCAAAGUCUUCUGGCAGAAGCACCGACAAAUUUUGGAAAAAAGAACCAUCUGCGCUUGAAAGUGUUGCAGUGUGUUUGCACCAUGAGUA